GCCAGCGACGAGUAAACAGACCUCCAGGAUGUUGCAAGGCGCUAAGUUCUAGCGUUAAAUAUUAAAUGAUAUUAAGUAUUAGCGGCAAUAGAACUCCCCAAGGCGGAUAAUUUCUAGAAGCAAACAGUAUACCGCACAUCUAAGGCUUUGUAACGUUACAGUGGCAGCUCAGCGGCUGCUGAAUGCAAUAACGUUUGUGCUGCGUCGAGCUAGUAUGCUAAGCUAAGUGCUAGCUUCGCCUAACUUUAGUUGACGCUGGAAUGGUAGAGCGCAGCGCGAUCUCCUCCGGUCAUGGCAGCGGGAGCAGGAGCCGCUUCUGGCGGGUCGCUGGAGUCUACUUUAGCCAGGAAGUUUCAAAAUGUCACGAACACGAUGGAUUCAAUUCAAGGACUGUCAACGUGGUGCAUCGACAACAAGAAGUGCCACAGCCUGAUCGUGCGGCAGUGGAUGAAGUGUUUGAGGAGCUCUGAUGCCAUACACAGACUCAACCUGUUUUACCUCGCCAACGAUGUCAUACAGAACUGUAAAAGGAAAAAUGCCAUCGUCUACCGUACAGCAUUCGCUGAGGUGCUUCCCGAAGCCUUCGUGCUGAUCAACCGUGAAGGUGACCCCAAAGUGAUUAAAUCAGUGGAAAGGAUACUGUCCAUCUGGGAGGACAGGGCCGUGUAUUCAGGGACACUCAUUGCCGAGCUUAGGUGUAGCCUAGUCAAAGAGGAGUCCCCUCCUGAGACACCUGUGGAGCAAAAAACUCCAGUUGAGUCUAAAGCAGAUCUACGGUCCAAGGUUGUUGCUGAGUUUGUGCCCCAGGCACUAAUAGACCAACUGUCCAAGUACAAGAGAUCUCUGGAGGAGGUGGACCUGAGAGAAAAACAGCUGGCAGCUAUGAGGGUUGACAUCUGCAGUUCCGACGCCCUCAGGAAACUCAAAGAUAAGGCUGGAGGAAAGAAGUUCUCCAAGGACUUCGAGGAAGGAAGCGCACAGCUCCAGGGAUUUGUCAAGUUUCUUGACAAACAGAGCAAAAUAGGACCUCCUCUGAUGGAGGCCCUCAACAAUGCAGAUAUCUUCUAUGAGAUGCAGUACAAGGAGGUCAAGAUUGUCGCUAAUGCCUACCAAACCUUUGCUAACCGGGUGUUGCACCUCAAGCGCAAGCUGGACACCCUGAAGACCACCUUACCAGACCUGGACGAGUCGCCCAUCCCUUCACCCUCUGCAGACGCACCAUCUCCAACAGGGUCUGAGUCCCCAUUCCGUGGUCUGGACAUGGCCAACUCCGAUCCAGAUCUUGAUGGCUCUGUUAUGGAUGAUGAGGCGGAGCCACCGGCCCCGAGCCCUCUGUCCUCGCCCGGGGGAUCCCCCAGACACCCACAGAGUCACGGAGAGAAUGACAAUCGUGAAGUGGAAGACAUGGAGCUCUCUGAUGAGGAAAUGGACAGUGGUGGCAUUAUAGUUGAGGAGCAGAAUGAAUCUCCCGCCCACCCAGAGGUCUCCACUCCAGUCCCUGCAAAGAAGGAACCAUCAAUAACAACAGAGCAGGCUGUCGCACAGGUCACGCCCCCUGUAGCACCUCCUGCAGCAGCUGUGGAAAGUGUUGACCUGGGUAAAAUUGGCUCCAUCCUCAACAGUUUAAGCUCGGUCAUGAAGAACACAGGACCAUUGGUGGAGAGUCCUCCUGCAGCUGCCCCUGCUAGCUCCUCAGUGAGGACCACACCUGCUGUCCCUGCUGUCCCUGUGGCCUCUCAGGAUGCUAGUUCACUGGUAAACCUCCUUUCCAAGGUGGACAUGAGUCCUGCAGAGCUCCUCGGUGCCCUGUCCAAAGUCCAGGGCCAAAGCAGCCUUGAGGGCAUCACCUCUAUUCUGAGCAGCCCAGCUACAAAUGUCUCCUCAGCUUCCUCCAGUACAGGCAAGAUUCCUCCCUCUCCCUCAUCCAUGUCUGCAUCAGCAGUACCCUCUCAGAGCCUGUCUCUGUCCUCUGUUGCACCUGUGCCUUUUUCACGCAGCUCUACUGUAAGGCAGAGCACAAGCUCCCAAGUCCCCCCUCAGACUGCCAACCCAGCCUCUGCCCUGGUCCAGGCUCUCCACAGAGAUAUGGAUUUGACAACAGAGUCAGAACCAUCCUUGUCGUCUAAGAGUUUAGAGUCUAAAAUCCACAACUUCUUGCAGGGAAACCCUGCUUUUAGUGCAUUUGACCUGGGUUUUUCUACGAACCCAGAGAGAGGGGAAAAUCUCAGCCCAGUAACUGGGACAGACACACAGGAUGGGACCCCAGUGCGGGACGAGGGUGGAGGCACCCCUACUCAAGAUGAGAUCAUGGACGAACCUGUGGUGGUCCCCUUCACUGCCAGCACAAAUCAGCCAUCUAUUGGAGAAACUGUUAAAACAGCUCCCACUGCAUACCAGGAUAGCACUCAGAAGAACCUCAGCAAUUCCCUACAGCAAGCUCACUUGCUGCCAGGUGCGGCUCAGAAUGGGCAGGUCUACCAGUCGCACCCUUGUAGCAGACAGACGAUGCCAGAGCAUGGGAUCACUGCACCUGUUGCACAUUACCAACAGAUUUCUGCACAAGCAGGGGGGCCAGUGCCUGGAGAAAGAGCCCCAGGCAGUGUCAGUGGCACACAGACAGUUGAAAGUUUUCAGGGAGUGAAUGAAAGGGGUUGGUACAGUGACACUUACCCAGAGGGGAGCUCUCAGCAACCCAGAGGCUACAAUGUGACAGGGCCUGUAGGUCCUGGAGAAAACACGAUGUCGGGACUUUAUCCAUACCAAACUGAACAAACUCGGGAACCUCAACAACUGGCCUCCCAGCAUGGCGCCACCACAUCUCCCGGCUUCUUUAGAAGAAACCUCCCUCCUGUCCCUAAUUUGCCUCCCCCUCCUCAUGCCUUUGAUGCCCCACCUUCUGCUACCAGCAGUACAAUGAUUCCCCCAGAUCAGCAGGGGAUUAGGGGAGCAGGGGAGGUGACCAGAGGCGAUAGUGCCAUCGGUGGGAUGGUGGUGCACGACCAUCAGCACAAGUCCAUGUUUCGUUCAGAUGAUCCGCUGUAUGAACUUGACCGACCUCGCCCUCGUCACCUUGACGAUGUACACCCUCACCCAGACAGCUUGCGUUAUCAGGAGGACCUUGAGCAGUACCAUGAUGAACACCACCGCCACAAUGCCCCUCUCUUUCAGGGUGACACUUACCACCAUCCGGAUGAUCCAUACUACAGGCCAGGCAGCCCUCCACACCCGUACCCCAGAGGUCGAGGCACCACUCCUCCCCCACACUCACCCGCAGAAGACCCUUACUAUACCUAUGACUACCAGCGGCACAGCCCCCCUCCUCCGCACUACACUCCAAGAAGACCACCACCACCACCACCUCAUCUGGAAAUGCGACAUCCUGGUCUAAGACCUCCACUUCGGCCUCCCCACCCAGCACACCACCCACCCCCUAGAGGGCCCCCGCUUGCACCCUUUCCUCGGUUCCAUGGCCCCAAUCCCAGGUUAAGAGGCAAACGUCCAGGUCCAGGUCCAAGAGGAGGGGGAAAUGCUGGUCCAAUGUUUCCCCCGAAAAGACCCUUUCCACCUCCAAGAUACUGACUGAAGACUUUGGUUUGAGCUCUCGAAAUCACUGUGGAUGUCAUGAAGGCAGGAGCAGGACUUUUAAGAUUGUUUUGUGGUCCACGCUGUGCCACAAGACGCCUCAGAAAAUCUGAAACAACAAAUGACAGUGAAUCAAAGUGCAGACACUGAGGUGGGCAUCAGAGGACAAAGUUAUGCAGAAGAACAAAAUUCAACAGCUGCCAGAAGAAACCUGAACCUGAAACCUGAAAAUGGCGACAAAUAAAGGAUGUUCAGGAGGUUGAGGAGAACAAGAGACAACACCAAGAGAUGUAAAAGAAAACGGAGGCUCUGAGAGGGCUGCUGAACUGAAGAGUGAAGACAGAAGAUUAAAGAAAAUAAGAGGUGGAUAUAUAUAAUUCACUUUUUGUGUUAUUUUCUCCAGUAAUGAAGCAUUGCAUUUAAUAGGAAAUUUAGCAUCAGUUUAAUGUAGGUCAGAGUGGGUGCAUGGUAUGAGUGUGUGCAUGCGGUCAAGUGUAAGGCGACUAGUCAGAGGCCAUUCCUCAUUUUCUUCCAAGUUAAAUCCGGAGAUAGUUAUUUUUGCUAAGAGAAUAAGAAACCGAUGUAGUUGGUGCAAUGUUUCUGCUGUUAUUUAGUUUUUCACUGAGCAGUUUUAACUGCUCCUCUUCCCUAUCAGCAGUGUCCCAGUAGCUUUUGGUAAAACAUCAAUUUAAAUUUCACUUUGGGUAUUAAGAAACACAGUGUAUGUUAUAGAAUUCCUUCUGCAAUACACGUUUGCAUAUUUGGGGAAGAUUAUUUUUCUUUGUUCCAGCUCAGAAUGUUAGAUUUGUCAAGCAAUGCUUUCUCCAGUAGUGCGUAAGGUCCCUUCGGCGAUAGUUUCAUGUCUCAUCGAGUUCCUUGAAGGAGAGCGACACAGGUCUAGUCAAAGGGCGAGAGAGGUGUGACGUUUUUUUUUUUUUUUUUUUUUUUUCCACCCACCAACACCGACGCAGAAGAAGUGAAUUUUUGGAGGGGAUGAAGAUUCUCGUCUUCAGUUUCGUUUUACUUGUACUGACCAAUAAAAAUCUGAGUUUAAAAAAAUGUGUUGUUUUUUUUUUUUCCCCUCUUUCCUCUGAUCCUUGAAUGUUCCACAGCUGCCCUCAACUACCAGUCAUCAUCUAUAUAUCAUGUUUGGGUGUGCCUAAACUAAAACAUGAUCUUUUUGGUGGUUGCCAGAGAAAAUAGCAUAGCAAUGUCUGUCAGAAGACCAUCAAAUUACAUUGCAGAAUUUACUGCAUUUUAUAGUAGGCUUUGCUAAUUCAGGGCAAAAUUUAAUCACUAGUCUAAUACUGUCAAAAAUAGUUUUGUAAAAAGUCAUAGUUGAAAUAUCCGUUUCCUAUCAGAUCUAAAAAACGUUGCUGUUGCCAUGUAACAUUAUAAUACCAGAGUCUAUGUAAGUAAUGUUAGACUAAAAGAAUAGAAAAACCUCUUACACUUAAGUACAUUUACUGUAAAUAGUAACUAGUUGAUAAAACUGUCCUUUGUACCAUUUAAUUACUUUCUGUUGUUUCAAAGAAGCUGCAGCCGUUUCUAAAGAACAAACAUAUUACAGGUCACAUUUAAAAUCCUUAAAAAAAAAUGUCCACGUCAAUGUCCACACUGAGGCUGCAUACUUCAACCUGUGUGGACAUUGCUGUUAUUUAAUACUAGCUGGUUUGUUUAACUGGUCGUCUCAUAAAACAAAAUCUUAUGUUAAAAAACACAAAACAAAGAAAGGUUUUCAUGGGGUUUCUCAGACCACAGUUAACUGCCCCUGAAAGUCUGUUUAGGUUACUGAGUGUGGUCAGCUAUAGAAGUUAGAGGAGUCACAUGUUGCAGUUGUAGUUUUUUGUGUCUGUGUAGUUUGUUGUUACUGCUGUUGGGUGUAGGUUUCAAAUUGGCAGAUUGGCACAGAACAGAUUUUUUUCAUGUGACUGAAGUUUGCCCAACACUUGUAUUUUCAGUGGAGUCUGUUCUGCUUAACUUAUUCUGUAUGAUUACAUAUUUAACACUUUAGCUAAGUGUGUUCUUCUUGAACUUGAACCUGUAGAGUUUUGGAAUUAUUUAUAGCAUUCAACCCUAACCUUAACCCUAACCCCCCCCCCCCCCCCCCCUCCAUUGUCUCCCUUUGGAAAACAGGUGUUUUCGUCCCUCAUGACACAGAGGAGGAUUUUCCCAGUCCCAAAUUAUUCCUGCUUCAUUAAUGGAGGAGGGGGACAUUUAAUUUUGAGGCCAAACUGUCUCCACACAGAGCUGCAGUGUCAGUUUGCAAGACAAAGUAAUAAUCAGCCAGAUUGAUUAGGCAAUUACAAAUUAAUUAGUAAAGGGCCUACGUGAUUAAUUAAUAAAAAAAAAUCAAAUGUAGUAAAUUUGUCUUUUGAGUUGUUAAAAACUUUGUUAGACUGUGAAACUAUUUUUUAACGUUAUGCUCUAAAAAGAAAUAGAUGCUUCAUCAUCACAUUUAGCCGCUUAUGCAGAAUCUUAUUCGCUUUACUGUAAAGUCUUACACUCCUGGAAUUUAAUCGAUGUGCAAGUAUCGUAAAGAAAUAGAAAAUAAACCGUCACUCUUAACCUUAUUGAUUUUUCAAAACACACGUCGAUCUAGAUGAGCUACUACCUGAUUGCUCCGCUUGGUUAAAACGGGGUUUAAUUCAGACCUGCCGGUUUCGUUCGGGUUAAUAAUUAACGAGAACAAAAAGUUUUGGUCACUGCGCUCAUGCAGCUCUGCAAAAACACGGCGUUAGGUGAGAUGAUGGAAAUAGAAAUAGAAAGUGGAGCUAAAAGUUAAGUCGACGCUUUAUUUUAGCUUAUUGGAGGUUUGAGGAAUUUAGCCACAUGAGAAGCAGACAGAUAAUAAAUGGUCUUUUCAAUAGUGCAGUCAGCCGUGGUGAGCCAGCCGUCGCCAGAUGUCAGUAGAUAUUUCCAGGAGCACUUUGACUUUAUUAGACUGCUUUGUUAAACGUGCAGCAGCCAUGACCAAAAAAAAAAAAAAAAAAAAAUUAUGUAAGAAUUCUGUAUUUGGCAGGGA